AUGGCAGCCGGCAGUAAUGCUACCGUCGCUCAGCGUCUCCAGAAGGAACUCAUGGACAUCAUGACUAAACCUACACCCGGCCUGACUGCCUUUCCCGACGACGAAAACAUGACUCUCUGGACCGCGACCAUCGACGGCCCAGCCGAUACCCCCUACGCCAACCUGGUCUUCAAGCUCAGCAUGGAGUUUGCGGCAAACUAUCCCUACAGCCCGCCAACGGUCCUCUUCAAGACACCAAUUUACCAUCCAAACGUCGACUUCAGUGGCAGGAUCUGCCUGGACAUUCUCAAGGACAAAUGGAGUGCAAUCUACAACAUCACGACGGUAUUGCUGAGUCUGCAGAGCUUGCUGGGCGAGCCGAACAACUCGAGUCCGCUGAACGGUCAGGCUGCUGAGCUUUGGGACAGCGACUUUGAGGAGUACAAGCGUCUUGUCCUGGCUCGCCACAAGGCACCCGAGGAGUUGGACGCCUAG